AUGAGCAAAUCAAGUGAACAACUACAUUCACUCUGUGAACUUGAUAAAAUUAAUUUAGAUAAAGAUACUUUUUUAAAUGAUAUUUCAAAAUUAUUUGAAAUAAAUAGAAAUAGAGAGUUUAGUAAUAGUAAUAAUAAUAAAGAAGAAGACGAAAUGAAAGUUGAUAAUAAUAAUAAUAAUAGUGAAGAAUGUUUUUCAGAUUUAGAAUUUUUAGUAGAGGAUAAAAAAAUCUAUUCACAUAAAUGUAUAAUUUUCUCAAGAUGUCCAAAUUUAUUAAGAAAUAAUAGCAGCAGCAAAAUAACAAUCAAAGAUGUAUCAUAUAAAUCAUUUUUAUCAUUUAUCGAAUGGAUUUAUACAAACAAUAUAGAGUCACUAAAGCAAAAUGAAUCAUCAAUCGCUCUUGUUGAUUUAUCAUUAGCAUUUUCAGUUUUAUUGUUAGCCGAUAAAUAUGACGUUAAAUCCUUAUUAGCCUACACCCAAGAAUAUAUCAUCGAUAAUGUCACUGAAAGCAACAUCAGCUCAAUUUGGCCAGAAAUUAAAAAGCUAUCUUUAUCAACUCGUAAAAACAUUCCAACUUUAGUUCGUCAUUGUUUCGUGACUAUGAGCAAAGGAUGGAAUAUAAUCACUACAUCAAAAUCAUUUUUAAAUGAAACUUCAAAUAAUGAUGUCAUCGAAAUCAUUAAAACUUUAGAACCAUAUAUCUUAAUUAACAAAACUGAAAAUAAACGUGCUGCCAAUGCCACUACAACUUCUGCUUCAAAUGCUACAUCUUCAAAUGCCUCUAAUAAAGCCAGUACACCUGCUAAAAGUAGUCGUUCUACCACAACCAAUGCCACUACACCAUCAAAAUCAACCUCAACUACACCAUCAAAAUCAUCAACCUCAGCCACACAGAAUAGUUCUGUAACUCCAUCAAAAUCUGCAACAUCUGCAUCAUCAUCAUCAACAGGUUAUAGCGAACAAAUGAAUGAAAAGAAUAGAAACUUAUGUAAAACUAUUUUAAGUCAAAUCUUUAAAAAGAAAAUAUCCUAUGCAUUCCAACGUCCUGUCGAUCCAGAACUUGAAAAUAUUCCAGAUUACUUUGAUAUCAUCAAGAACCCAAUGGAUAUUAGCACCAUUGACUCCAAAUUAGAUAACGAAAAAUAUGGAACCAUCAAAGAUUUUGCUGCUGAUGUUAGAUUAAUGUUUGAGAACGCCUUAACUUAUAAUGCAGAGAUUUCACCAGUUUAUAAAUAUGCAAAACAACUUUUGACCUAUUUCGACAAUUCAUUUAUAAAAAAUUACCCAAAUGAAAAGAUUCCAACUUAUAAAUCAUUAAAUCCAGCUCCAGCCGCAGCACCAGCCCAACCAAAUAGCAGCAGUGGUUCAGCAAAUACACCAAACAAAAGAAAAUUGGAUAGUGACAUCAAAGUAAAGGAAGAAACUUCAACUGCUACAACAUCAUCUUCAACUAACGAUUCCAAAUCAUCAUCACCUCCUGCAAAGAAAUAUUCUGACGAUGAAAGAAAGAAUCUUAUGGAAAAAAUCAAUGAAUUAUCAGCCGAGGAUGUUCAAACAGUAUUAUCAAUCAUUGACCAAUCUGCCAUUAACCAAAGCGAUGAAAGUUUAGAAAUUGAUAUGUAUAAAAUUGAUGAUAAGAAUUUAAGACAAGUAGAACAAUUUUUAAAUGAAUGUUUCAAAAAGCAAAAAAAAUAGUCAAAUAAUAAUAAUAAAAAAGAUUUAAAAAGAAUAAAAAAUUUAGGAAAAUUAUAAUUAUAAAAUU